AUGGGCACUCUGCUGCGUCAGACUUUUCUAGGUCUUUUAGCGAUGGCUGAUGAAAAUGAGCUCUUGGAUUACGAUGAGGAGGAUCAGGAAACCGUACAGGAUUCCAAAUCAAAUGGUGAUAUUCAGGCCAAAAGAGCUGUGAAGGGUGACUAUGUCACCGUUCAUUGCUCCGGCUUCCGUGACUUCAUUCUUAAACCCGAGGUCUUGAGAGCUAUUGUGGACUGUGGCUUUGAGCAUCCAUCAGAGGUUCAGCAUGAGUGUAUUCCUCAGGCCAUUCUUUCGAUGGACGUUCUUUGCCAGGCCAAGUCGGGAAUGGGCAAGACCGCUGUCUUUGUCAUUGCCACGCUGCAGCAGUUAGAUCCUGAGGAGAGUGGUAUUACUCGAGUCAUCGUCCUCUGUCACACUCGCGAAUUGGCCUAUCAAAUCAGCAAAGAGUACGAGCGUUUCUCCAAGUACAUGCCUAAAAUUAAGGUAAGCGUGGUUAUUUUAAUUCUGGUCAUCGUGUCCCAGGUUGGGGUCUUUUUCGGUGGAAUGCCACUUAGAAAGGACAUCGAAUCGCUGAAUAAGUGCGCGCCACAUAUUGUGGUGGGCACCCCUGGACGUAUUCUUGACCUUAUUCGUAACAAGGCAUUGAAGCUGGACCACAUUAGGCACUUCAUCAUCGACGAAUGCGACAAGAUGCUCGAUACCCUCGACAUGCGUCGUGACGUCCAGGACAUCUUUCGCAUGACGCCGCGUUGUAAACAAGUUAUGAUGUUUAGCGCAACCAUGAGCAAAGAGAUUCGUCCCGUCUGUCGCAAUUUUAUGCAAGAUCCUCUGGAAAUCUUUAUUGACAACGACUCCAAGUUGACCCUGCACGGGCUGCGUCAACACUACGUCAAGGUGAAGGAGAACGAGAAGAAUAGGAAGCUCUUUGAGCUGCUCGAUGAGCUGCAGUUCAACCAAGUUAUAAUUUUCGUCAAGUCGGUUCAGCGUUGCAUCGCCCUGGCGCAGCUUCUCGUCGACCAAAACUUCCCUGCCAUCGCAAUGCACCGUGCAAUGUCCCAGGAGGAGCGGUUGGAGCGUUAUCAGGCUUUCAAAAACUUCCACAAGCGUCUUCUCGUGGCUACGAAUCUCUUUGGUCGUGGAAUGGACAUUGAACGUGUGAAUAUUGUUUUCAACUACGAUAUGCCCGAGGACUCGGAUACAUAUCUGCACAGAGUUGCGCGAGCUGGUCGCUUUGGUACCAAGGGUCUGGCAAUCACGUUCAUUUCGGACGAACACGACGCCAAUAUUCUGAACGAUGUCCAGAAUCGAUUCGAGGUAAACAUCAGUGAGCUACCUGACGUCAUGGAGAUUGCCAGCUACAUGGAGGACCGUUAA